CUUUUCAUGUUUCUCAGAAAGGCAAGUUGAACUCAAAGAGUCCCAAACAUCUCUGGGUUUCAAAUGCGUACUUUAUUUUUUUCUUUCCUGUUCUAAAAUCACUUCUAAGUGGUAGAAUUAUCCUCUACGGUUAGACUUAUUCGUUCUGUGCUUUUACAAGUUGCACUUCAAUGCAAGAUUUGUUCUUCAGAUUUCAUGAAGUAUGAAUUUGGCUGUCAUCUCCUUCACACAUGGACAGAGCCAAAGUAGCCAAGACUUGCAUACUUGGUGAUCGGAACACUAGUGACAUUAUUAUACGGUUGAAAAAUAGAGAAGGAAGACCGGAAUGGUUCUACUCCCACUCUGCCAUUCUCAUAAAUAGAAGCAAGUUCUUUGCCAGUCGGGUCUCCCUUCCAAACUCUAGUACUUGCAUUGAGAUUCACUGCUCAGAGUUUGACUAUGAUGAUUAUGUUGAACUUUUGAGGUUGCUGUAUCUCCCUGUAGGCUCGAUUCUGGAGUCAUUGGGUUCUGUUAAAUCUGCUGUUGGUAUUCUUCAAACAGCCAUUGCUAUACAUUGUGAAGAUAUCACACAGAGCUGUACCCAGUACUUGGAGGCUGUUCCUUGGGACGACAAGGAAGAGGAACUAAUUUUAAAAGCAGUUGCUAAACUGGGUCCAAUGGCCACGCCCAUAUUAGCCAGGAUCCAACCUGUAGAUGCAAGUGCCACAAAAAAUGUUUUUGUUUCUGCAGUUCGCUUUGCCAUGUCCAUUGGCAAACCAUGCCCUCCAUUUGGAGAUGAGCUCAAGACUUCUGCUCAAGAACAAGUUGAAUUCAUGCUGGGGGAAGAUGGAGAUAUGCCAUUAAUUACAGCUGAUGAUGAAGUAAAAUCGGUGGUAAGAAUUGGUCUUUCCAACAUUUGUUCAUCAUUUGAGAACGAGUUAUCAUCACUCCUUUUGGAGUCCAACCUUGUAUGUGAUACAGCAGAGGAUAAAAUUUUGCAGACCUUAUCCGAUAUUGAAUGGAUGUGUAACAUACUUCCCAAGAUGGAUUUAAUGAAGGACUUUGUGUUCAAGUGGGCUGAAAUCUCUGUGAGUGUUUUAGGGAUCAUUGAAGAUGAGAAACUUGCUUGUGUUAUGUGGGGUUUGAAAGUAAAGUUGAUACAAGUGACCGGAAAAGUCUUGGAAGCAGUUGGCUAUGGCAAUGUGAUUCUUCCAGCACCAUGUCGGGUGCAGUUGCUAAAGACAUGGCUCCCUUAUAUAAGAAAGAUAAAACCCAUCUUGGAUUCAAAGGGUAAUGAGGAUACAGAAUUUCCUUACAUGAUGACUGAAGACCUUUGCCAGAGCAUUGAGGGGGCAAUAGUCUCAUUGAUACUGUUAUUGCCAUCAAAUGAUCAGGCUGAUAUUCUGGCAGACUGGAUGAAAACCGAGCAACUUCGGUUUCCUGAUUUGACUGAGGCAUUUGAGGUCUGGUGUUACAGAACCAAGUCUGCAAAGAGAAGAUUAGUGCAGGGCUUAGACAGUGUUAACAAUGCUACUGUCAGCCUCUGAAUUCUCUCUCUGCAUUUUGUAUUAUAAUUAUUUUCUCAGCUGGGAUGUUCUGUGACGAUUUCAGUCAUGUAUUUUGAUGGAAUUAAGCUCUAUUUGUUGUUGGUGUUGCUUUAAGUUUCA